CCUAGUUGGGGACAGCCACACACUGUAAUGUCAGAGGAUUUAUUAGAAGGCCAAUAUCAAACAGAACUAAUUAAACCUCAUUGCAUUUUAGGAUCACAGAACAAUGACAAAAGACAGUUUCUGCUGGAGAGACUGCUGGAUGCAGUAAAACAGUGCCAGAUCCGCUUUGGAGGGAGAAAGGAGAUCGCCUCCGAUUCCGACAGCAGGGUUACCUGCCUCUGCGCCCAGCUGGAAGCCGUCCUGCAGCAUGGCUUGAAGAGGAGCCGAGGAUUGGCGCUCACAGCGGCGGCGAUCAAACAGGCAGCAGGCUUCGCCAGCAAGACGGAGACAGAGCCCGUGUUCUGGCACUACGUGAAGGAGGUCCUCAACAGGCACGAGCUGCAGCGCUUCCACUCCCUGCGCCACAUCACCUCUGAUGUGGGCCGGGGCCGCGCCUGGCUGCGCUGCGCCCUCAACGAGCACUCGCUGGAGCGCUACCUGCACAUGCUGCUCGCCGACCAGGGCAGGCUCAGCACUUUUUAUGAAGACUGGUCUUUUGUGAUGGAUGAAGAAAGGUCUAGCAUGCUUCCCACCAUGGCAGCUGGGCUGAACUCCAUACUCUUCGCAAUUAACAUCGACAACAAGGACUUAAAUGGGCAGAGCAAAUUUGCUCCCACUGUCUCCGACCUCUUAAAGGAAUCAACGCAGAACGUGACCUCCUUGCUGAAGGAAUCCACUCAGGGAGUGAGCAGCCUCCUCAGGGAGAUCACAGCCUCCUCUGCUGUCUCCAUCCUCAUUAAGCCCGAGCAGGAGACUGACCCGCUGCCUGUUGUGUCCAAGAACGUCAGUGCUGAUGCCAGAUGUAAAAAGGAACGGAAGAAGAAAAAGAAGGUGACCAACAUCAUCUCAUUUGAUGAGGAGGAGGAUGAGCAGACCUCUGGGGAUGUUUUUAAAAAGCUUCCUGGGACAGGGGAGAGCUCGGAGGAGAACUCCGACCGGUCCUCGGUCAACAUCAUGUCGGCCUUUGAAAGCCCCUUUGGGCCGAAUUCCAACGGCAGCCAGAGCAGCAGCUCCUGGAAAGUGGACUCCCUUUCUCUAAAUGGGGAGCUUGGGUACCAGAAGCUCGAUGUGAAGAGCAUCGACGACGAAGGCGUGGAUGACAACGAGGACGACGCGUAUGUGGACCCAUCAGGAAGGAAGCGUGCGGGCCACCUGGGAUCACCAGAGAAGCCCCUGGAUGGGAACACCUGCCUCUCCCAGGUGCACAGCUGGGCUCCGCUGCAGGUGCUCCACGGCGAUGCUGAUGUCCUCUUCCCAGUCAGCGGAGUGGGCUCCUACAGCCCUGCAGAUCCCCCCCUGGGAAGCCUGGAGAACGGAACAGGACCUGAGGACCACAUUCUCCCAGAGCCUGGGCUUCGGUACAGUGUGGACGCCAGCCCUCCAGCCCAAGGAAGUCCUCUGAGCAGCCUCUUGCCUUCUGCGUCGGUGCCAGAAUCCAUGACGAUUAAUGAACUACGACAAGCCAUCGUGGCCAUGAUGAACAGAAAGGAUGAGCUGGAAGAAGAGAACAGAUCCCUGCGGAACCUGCUUGAUGGCGAGAUGGAACAUUCGGCUGCGCUCCGGCAGGAGGUGGACACCUUGAAAAGGAAGGUGACCGAGCAGGAGGAGCGGCACACCAUGAAGGUCCAGGCUUUGGCAAGAGAAAACGAGGUGCUCAAAGUCCAGCUGAAGAAAUAUGUAGGAGCUGUCCAGAUGCUGAAAAGAGAAGGCCCUACAGCUGAAGUUGUGCCAAAUCUUUGGAACGUUGAUGGCGAAGUUACAGUCCCUGAACAGAAGCCAGGAGAGGUUGCUGAAGAGCUCGCAAGCUCUUAUGAAAGGAAGCUCAUUGAGGUGGCAGAGAUGCAUGGAGAGCUGAUCGAGUUCAACGAGCGCCUGCACAGGGCCUUGGUGGCCAAGGAAGCUCUGGUGUCCCAGAUGAGGCAGGAGCUCAUCGACCUCCGGGGCCCGGUGCCCGGAGAUUUGAGUCAAACAUCCGAAGAUCAGAGUUUGUCGGAUUUUGAAAUAACUAACCGGGCGCUGAUCAACGUCUGGAUCCCGUCGGUGUUCCUCCGCGGCAAGGCAGCGAAUGCAUUCCACGUGUAUCAGGUCUACAUCCGGAUAAAGGACGACGAGUGGAACGUCUACCGGAGAUACACGGAGUUCCGGAGCCUGCACCACAAGCUGCAGAGCAGGUUCCCCCAGGUGCGGGCCUACAGCUUCCCACCCAAGAAGGCCAUCGGGAACAAGGAUGCCAAGUUCGUAGAGGAACGGAGAAAGCAGCUCCAGAGUUACCUGCGCAGCGUCAUGAACAAAGUCAUCCAGAUGGUGCCCGAGUUUGCUGCCAGCCCCAAGAAGGAGACCCUCACCCAGCUGAUGCCCUUCUUUGUUGACAUCACCCCUCCCGGAGAGCCCCUGAACAAGAACAGCCGGCCCAAAGCGGCUUCCCGCUUCCCCAAGCUGUCCCGUGGUCAUCCCAGGGAGACGCGCAACGUGGAGCCCCAGAGCGGUGACCUCUGACCUCAGCAGAAUCCAGAUCCCAGCCACUCUGUCCCUGACUUGGCCACGGCAGCUGGCCUGACGCUUUGGAGUGAUGACCACGUCCACCUGGUCAACCCAGAGAGCACACCUUCCCUGCCGGCCACAUGCCACCCUGAUUAAACUGGUCAGUCUCAGAGCUGCCAGGCCCCUGUCCUGAGAGUGCGGCGGUUCCUCGUUGGACAGACUGGCACACCUGGCCACUGCUUGCCAAGGGCAGCACAGCCACCUAUUCCUUGCUCGGGCUGGGGUCCCCAGGUGGAAUGCACAGUGCCCAGGCUCCACAGGCAGUCCCCUCGGAAACCACCCAAGCCUCUUUCCCACGAGGGAAUUGGCCUCUUUUGAACCUGACCACCUGGCUGUACCCUCUGGACAGACAGAGCUCUGUCACCCUCCAUCAGUGGUCACUGGACACCCCGUGGUAUCACUCCUGUGGGCAGACAUUCCCGCAGACUGUGAAGGAGCCACUGGUGACAUUGAACUUGGGUGCGGCUGCAGGAAGCAGCACCACCCAGGAACCCUGAGGCCACCAUGCAGCUCGUCGGGCUGGGUGUGGGCUCCGCACCUCCAACCCAGGCCUGGCACUGCUGGCCUCAGGUCAUGGACCUGGCUUGGGGGACCAGAUCCAUCUAUAAACGGCACCUGAACAGAUCAUGAUUGUUCCCCAAAGACAGUUUGUGAUGCGCCAUCUGUCCCCUUUCAGUGGGAAUGGAACCCUUGUCCCUCCUGUCACAGGGAGCAGGAUGACCAGCGCAGCAGCCCCCUCGGUCCUCCGCAUCAUGGCACCUCUGCACCGAGGGCAUGCGCAAGGGCUGGGCUAGAGCGUGUGGCCCUGUGUCCACUGGGCCAUCGUGGCCUGCAUGGAUGACAGGCGAGGGAGGGGUCAUGCAAGGCCACCGUGGGCUUGUGCUUGAACCCUCAGUUCAUUGGCUGAAAUCUCAAUGAGCCACCGGGGUGAGCACAGAGCACUUCCUAAGGAAGCAUCACAGAAGAUUCCUGUGGCAGGGUCCCCAGUGGGGGCAGGGAAGCCAUCAACGUGCCCAGCCGACCAAGAAGCAGCCAAGGGCUUCGUGGGGCCCUGCUGGCAGCUUGCAGGUGCCAGAACUGCUGCCGUACGUGGCCUCACUGAGCAGAGCAGCCCUGGCCCCUGUGAACAGAGCCCUCGAGGGCAGGGGCUGGCUGCAGGACUGUCCACCAUCGCCCCUGACCAGGGGUCUACACCGAGAUGGCUUCUUCGUCCUGUGUUCCACAGGGUGGACCCUCCUCAGACACCCGAUCAGCAGGCAAGGGGUGCACUGGCCUCGCUCUCCCCAGCACCCCACCAGGAACCUCCUUCAACAUUCUGCACAUGAAGUUCAGAAAAAUCGCCCGAGAGCCACAGUCACCUGUCUGCUUGCCCUUUAAUUAUUCAUGGAAAGUGGGUCCAGCUGUCCACCAUGUGAAUUGUAAGAGGAUGUGCCCAGAGGCUACAAGAGACCCAUGGUUUGCAGUCUGCCCACCUCUUCUGAUCUUGGAAGCCCUGGAAUGGCCAGUCAUCCCCUCACAGGUGUUCAACGCACAUGUGACCCCCACUGAACUCUGAGCUUUCGUCGCCUGUUUUUUAAAGGCCCAACACCCCACCUGCCACCUUUCUAUCUAUCUGGUUGAUAACAGAGGCCUACCUGGUGCCAGCCGGACACACGCAUAGGAAGGAUGACCACGGUCCUCCUGGUGGGUCCUGCACAGCACCUGUGGGCUGCGUUUCCUGAUGCUGGAAUCUGGGGCCCUUGCUUUCUCUCAGUUCUGCAUGGGACAAUUUGUCACUCUGAGGAUGGGGUCACAGCAUUGCAGGCCAGGUUCCUGCUCCACCUGUCUGCAGCCUAGAGACACCAGCUGACCUGUCCCAUGAAGGCCAGGCCCUGUUCUCUGGGGUCCCCCUAAACGCCCUCCCACCACUGUCAGCCUCUGGACCCCCUGGCUCCAGCAGCACCUUCUGGCCUUGGUGUGUGACUGAUGGGCCAGACCCUGCCCAAGAAAGCCCUGCCCCACGCGGCAGCCUGGCUGGGGGUGUCCCAGGAGAGCCUCAUGCUCACGUCUCAACCCUAAAGGCAAUAACUGUCCCGACAGCUCAGCACUUCACCCUGGACAAGGCCGGGAGACCAUGACCUGGCACCCACUUACAAACAAGGUCUUUUGUAAUGAACGUUUUUCAAAAUAUUGUGCGUUACAUCAUAAAGCUAAUGUUAAAUAUUUGCUAUUCCGAUCAGCUAAUCCUGCACAAAGGUAGCACUGUAUAUUUUAUCUAACUUUUCUGUGCCAAAAAGUUCAUUUUAAUGUUUCUGUAACAGUCUCUUGAUUAUGUUUCUGUAACAAAGCCUCGGCUACUGGAUCAUAGGAACGAGCUGCACCCUCCGACCCCACAGCUCGCCCCAGUCCUCGAAGGGCUCCGGUUCCCCCAUGUGUCUUGCGACAGCCGCGUCUCAAUUUUAGGGGCUCAAAAUCCUGUCCCUCAAUUAUUACAAAUUCAACAGGCCUCCCUGGACCUGAAGGUUGUAUUAGGAGAGAAAUCCACGUUCUCUCAAAGUGGGCCAACCUGUGCCCUGGGGACACCCACUAGGAGCCGCUGGAGGCCCAGGGCUCUGCUUCUCUCCACUGCCCGUGUCCCACCUGCUUGGAAGCCACUAGCUGACCCAUGCAGGCCAUCCCCGGGUUCUCUGCCUGGAGAGCGGGGAUUCCGAGGGUGGCAGAGGAACUAACUGGCCUUCCGUCAUCUCAGUCACCUAGAAAGGAUGGCGUGACCACCGCAGCCUGGGCAUGGUGGGUGGGCCUCACCUGAGCACAGACCCUGGGCCCCCCAGCCUGGGCAGAGGUGACCAGGGCACAGAGUGGGCCUCAGCGGGCAGGCUCCCAACUACCCUCUUACGUUAUGGUUUACACGAUAGAAUUUUUAAACAAAAAUGUUUAAUUUUCUAAAAUCUCUUGUAUUAAAAUUUUCUUUUGGAAUAAGCUGUGGUAAUUUUGUUACAAUCUGGUUGAUUAAACCUCUUUACAGUGACAAAAUAAAAACGGCGACAUUUUGUAAGUCA